ACUGAACAAAUGCUAAAUUUGAAGUUUUAUGAUUCGGGUUCCAUUCAAAGUAGAUUUUGUUCGGAACUGUGGGGAAUUGAUUAUUUUUACAGAAUAAAAUAACACAUGCUUAACAAUGAUUCAGUGGUAAUCGUAAAUUUUCUUUACAUAUGUGAAUUAUUAUUCAAUCCGAAAUGUGGAUACCAUCGAAAACUCCGAAACUAGCCGUCGCGGUCUACAACUGGAAAGGGGAUGUUCGAUCAGGUUUACCUUUGGAAAUAGGUGAAACUGUACAGAUAUUGGAGGAAAAUGGAGCUUGGUUCCGUGGGUUCAGCACAAAAAACAGAUCAACAUGGGGUAUUUUUCCUGCCUGUGUUGUGUCUCUCAGACCGUGCACUGUGAAAGGCUCUGGGGCAACAGCUGUUGCUGAAUUGAAGGAUGAUCCUCUAGUUCGUGAAAUUGCAUGUGUAUUGAGAGAAUGGGCUAGGCUUUGGAAGAAAUUAUAUGUGGAACGUGAAACGUACAGAUUCAGCGCAGUUGCGAAGGUAAUGAGGGAACUGUUAAGUGGACGGCGUGCUCUUCUCGCGGGGACCCUAACACAAGAUCAGACUAGGGCGCUAAGACUGAAGCUUGUUUCUAAACUAGAUUGGGGCAAUAGGAAGCUGGGUCUGGAGUUAGUACCGCGACGAGGGGCAGAAGCAGUCGAACCCGAAGAUAUAAGCCUCGUUGAACUUUAUCGAGUUCAUGUUGAAAGCGCGGAGAGAGCGGCUGCGUGGCGCGGGACCCUGCGUCGGGCUGGCGGUUCAGGCAGCAGUUUCAGCUCGGGAACGCUCACCAACAACUCGAAUAAUGCUCCGCCCACAACCACGGCUCAGUCCCACCACCUCAUGUGCAGCAUGCGAGACUUCGGUCACACUGCUGGCGGUGACGAAGCAGAGCUACUGCUGUGGCUUCAUGACGCUAGACGAUCGCAGCCGCUGUCGGAACGUUUCAGGAUCCGUAUAGCUAGAGAUGGAUUCUCUAAUUAUGUAGACCGCCUUCACGCUAACAGCACUUUAUUUGCCGACUUGUCGACAACAGACCUGACCAGGGAACUGUGGUUGGUCGCGUGGGUGAUACGGGUGGGUCGAUGGGCCGGCGCUGGCAGCAGUGGCAGUGGCACAGGAGAGAGACGGGGCCCGGUAGCUAGGAGACCUCUGGGUGCCGGUGUGCUUUCCUUAGCAGAUUUCCUUAGACAAACCGGGCAGCAUCCUGCCGAAAAAGAGUACACCUUCAAAGUAUACCAAUGCGAGGAGAAAGAAUUCCAUCAGCUACAUGACAUGCUUAUACGAAAGCAAACAAACAAGUGCAAUAUUUUACCCGGACAACCGAACUACGGUAUAGUAGUUGCUCUUCGUCUUCUUGCAAAUUCUGGUAGCGUGACGGAAGCUGUUGCGUCAGGCGCCACCAUCACUGCGAAACGUGGAUUCCCUGACGUCAUCAUGCCGGGAGACGUCCGCAACGACCUCUAUCUGACCUUGGAGAAGGCUGAAUUCGAACGCGGCGGCAAAAGCACGGCUAAAAACGUUUUAGCCACUGUCACUGUGCAUGACAACACGGGACAAGUAAUCAGUGACUGCGUGUGGGGCGCGAGCGGGAACGGCUCGACGUCCUACGAGUCACUGGUGCUGUACCACAACAACAGUCCGGCGUGGGGCGAGCAGCUGCGGCUGACCGUGCCUCUGGAGACCUUCACCCACGCGCACGUCAGGAUCGAGUUCAGGCAUUGUUCGACGCGCGAUAAGAAUGAGAGGAAACUGUUCGGGUUUGCCUUCGCAAGGCUGAUGGAGGCGAGUGGGGCCACACUAAGGGACGGAGCACACGAGCUGCACGUGUAUAAAUGCGAUGACCCUUCCAAACUGCUAACAGCAAGUUACUUGUCGCUGCCGUCGUGCGCCAACGACGCGGCGCGCGCGGCGCCCCCCAACGGCGUCGUGCCCUCCUUCCAGAGAAGCUCCAAAGAGAAUUGCACCAUCAGCACUUUAUUGUGUUCCACUAAGCUAACUCAAAACGAGGACCUAUUAGCCCUCCUCCAAUGGCGCGCCCACCCUGAGAAAGUUCAAGAAACAUUACUGAGGGUGCUCCGGCUCGGCGACGGACUGAGCUGCGAAGAGCUCAUCAAGUUCCUCAGAGACGUCUUAGAUGCUUUAUUCGCUUUGUUCUCGACUGAAGAUGGUAACAGCACUCCACACUCUGGUACCGUGUUCUUGGUGCUUAUAUCGAUAUGCAGUUUGCUUGACGAAAGCAGAUUCCAACAUUUUAAGCCGGUCCUUGACGUGUAUAUCGAAGAACACUUUUCUGCUGCCCUUGUUUACAAAGGUCUCCUGUCGUCCGUCCAACACUGCGCGGAGUGGGCCGCGGGGGCCGAGGGGCAGGAGCCGAUCCGCAAGUGUCUCCGCUCGCUGGGCGCUGUGUUCAGAUUGGCGGUGCAGUCCCGCAGACUGUUCGCUCGUGCGACUGGCGGACAAUACGAGGACAGCUUUAGGAGGGACGUUCGAGCCGCCCUGCACGCCCUGAAGGCAUUUGCUCAGCAUCCGCACAGAGAACAUCUGGCGCCAGCACAGAUAGCGUUGAUGACGUCAUGGGCGAGCGUGGCGCGCGAGGUGUCGGCGGCGCUGGGCGCGGCGGAGACGGCGCGCGUGUCGGCGGCGGUGCUGGACGCGCCGGUGUCGCCGCCGCCGGCGCUGGCGCACGCACGCCUCGCCGCCGCGCACCACACGCUGCGGGGACCGCUCGGCGAGGAUCCCGAGGCGCGCAACAUAAUACUGACGACGGCGUGCCACCACUUGCGCGUGCACCUGGCUCGGCGCGACGAACUGUUCCAGUGCGCAGAGAUGCUGGGCGAACUCGUCACGUUGCUCUGGAAGAAGAGAGACCCGGAACUGUUGGCUGACGACGACGAGCUCGAUCCGGACGUGGACGUGCUGUGUCUGAACACGCUCGAUGUGCUGGUCGAGACCGUACUGCACUUGAUCGGAGGCAACUCGCCCGUGCUCGGUUCGAUGGUAGCGGCUUUACUGGGCGUAAUGGAACUGCUGAGGCCAAUACAUUAUCAGCGACUGUGGAGCCAUCUCGCCCCUCAUCCCCACGACAGGAAACCAUUAAAGGACUUCCUCAUGCGAGCCUUCCUCGUAUUUAGGCAUCUCAUUGAACAAGACGUGUUUCCACCAGACUGGAUGGUACUUCGCGUACAGAGUUGUAAAGUCUUAUUGUCUGCCCUACAAGAUCUCGCAGAGCCGUUGCUUGAAAGGUUUUUGGGAGAAGAACCACCUCAGUUCGAUACACAGCUGUGGUCAGGGUACAUGGAGUUGGGCGUGUCGCUGGUGACGGCGGGCGCGCUGCAGACGGAGCGGUGGCACACGCCGCGCAUGCGGGCGCGCGCCGCCACGCACGUGCUCGCCGUUUGGAACAUGCUCGGCCCGGCCCAGCUCCACAUGAUACCGGGCGCGGUGGGGGCGCUGCUAGAGAUCACCCUGAUCAGCGAGCUGCGUCGCGGUGCGCUGGGCGCGCUGGUGUCGCUGAUGGCCGCGGAGCGCGCCGCCACGGGCUCGGCGCGGCGCACCGAGGCGGCGCUGGUCGACAAACUGGACUCGCUCGUCGCCGAGAACAAAGCGGACGAUCACUAUCGACGUCUGUUCGAUACUGUGCUCAUGGAGAGGGUGUCGACGGAGGGGUGGCGGGAGGCGGGCGCCGCGUUCGUGGGCUGCGUGACCCGCCUGCUGGAGCGGCUGCUGGACUACAGGGCCGUCAUGCAGGGCGCCGAGCACAGGGACAAGAGGAUGGCCGCCACCGUCAAUCUCUUGAAUUUCUACAAGAACGAAAUCGAUCGCAAGGAGAUGUAUCUCCGUUACGUUUACAAGCUGCACGACUUACACAUCGCCUCUGAUAAUUUUGUCGAAGCGGGAUGUACACUAUUGUUGUAUGCGGAAACGUUGAGUUGGGACAGCGACCAGACCGGAGUGGACUCGGAACAUCCCGACACGCCCGAGUGGAAGCGGAAGGAAGCUCUGUACAAUCAAGUGCUGCAGUACUUCGAUCGUGGGAAGUGCUGGGAAAAAGGAUUGCCCCUCCUCCGCGAAUUGGCAACCCUAUACGAAAUAAAGCUGUGCGACUACGCGCGCUUAGCGUACUGCUUACGUAUGAACGCGACGUUCUUAGACUCGGUAAUGGAACAGCUGAGGCCGGAACCAGAGUACUUCAGGGUUGGUUUUUACGGGAAAGGAUGCCCGUUGUUUGUCAGGAACAAGCAGUUUGUGUACCGCGGUCACGAGUACGAACGUAUCGGCGCGUUCACUCAGCGACUGCAGGCGGAGUACGUGUCGGCUCACAUACUCAUGCGGAACACGCCGCCGGACGAGUCGGUCAUAGCCAACGACGGACAAUAUAUUCAGAUCUGCAACGUGAAGCCGGUGCCGGCGCGUCGCAGCUGGCCGAGCGGCGCGCCCGACCAGGUCAAGCGGUACUACGCCUGCAACGACGUCGACACGUUCCUCUGCGACCGCCCGCUGCAGAAACCUCCCAUUGACAAGGACAACGAGUUCAAGAGUCUCUGGAUCGAAAGAACAACGUUAGUGACCGAGAGUCCCCUGCCGGGUAUACUGCGCUGGUCGGAAGUAGUAUCACGGUCGGUCGAGGAAAUACCACCAGUGGAGUUCGCAUGCGAAACUAUGGAAGCGACCGAGCGCGAGCUGCGCAGUCUGAUAUCCCAGUACACCGCGGACCCGAUGCGCAACAUCAACCCGUUCUCGAUGCGGCUGCAGGGCACUAUAGACGCGAACGUGCAGGGCGGCAUCAGCAAGUACGAGCAGGCGUUCCUGACGUCGGAGUUCGCCCGCAGCGCCGCGCCCCGCGAGGCCGCCGCCGCCGCCAAGCUGCGCCGCCUCGUGGGCUCGCAGCUCGCCGUGGUGGACGCCGGCCUGGCGCUGCACGGCCGCCUCGCGCCCGACGAGGUCAAGCCGCUGCACAGACGUCUUGUGGAGAGGUUCAACCAACUACGUCAGAAUUUGGGUCCCGGCCUGGCCCGAGCUCGGCGCCAGCUGUCCGAGAGCAUUGUCAAUACGCCGCUACCUCCGGUGCCUGCCCUUGAUAAGAGAUCUCAAAGUAUUCAACAGACCGAAAAUUACUACGAAGAGGGACAUUUCUAUGAUAAACCGUUGUCAGUUGAAGACCCACUAGAGCAGACCACGAUGUCGGCCAGUUUACCCGUGUGCGACAAUCGCGACUGCAACGACGACGGUUCGAUGGUGAAGUCGGCGCCGCCCUUACCUACCAGGCCCAAGUCCGGGGAUCCGCGGAGCCCUACGCGCCCGUCCACGGAUAAAUAUCGCGACUCGAUCGAUAUUGAUUUCGUCGAAACCCGUCGUCACAGUAGAACGUCGUGGAGCGAACCGACCGAUGCCCCGCCGCUGCCCCCUCGCGUGUCCGGGGGAGGUGUCCGGUCGUGGUGCGACGCGCCCCCCGCGCCCCCGCGCCGCGCCCGCUCCGACCCCGCAGACGACGCGCGCGACUCCGGCGUCAGUGUGGACGCGCACGCCUACACCAACGCGGACGAACACCGCAUGCAUAAAGAUCUCGACCUAACAGUCGAAUCCCUUCGCUACGAAGAAAUCAUCUCGAUGAUGUCGGAGCCUCUUCGGGUGGGAGAUGACGAGAUACCCCCACCGAUACCUCCGAAGGGGCUCGGACAUAUCAGCAGCUUCGAUUCCGGCCAUCACGAAAACGGUGAAUCGCAUUGUUAAUAUCGUAAAAUUUCUCUCGGUUGAGAUUACCAAAGAAGGAGGCUAUGUACCAAUGUUGAGGUCGAUAUUCGGUGGAUCUUGGAGUCAGUUCUAUCUUCUACCUCGUUCGCAGCCAGCAAGGAACUCAUUUAAAUAGACUUUAAUGAGAUUAAGAUUGAAGAACGGGCAGAUCUCAAAUAAAUAAUCAAGUGAUGACUAUUGAGGUAUCUGCAGAGAGAAAAAAAUCUGCGCCAGAAUAAUUAAUGAAAAUAAUUUCAACGUAGUCGUUACAAAUGUUUUCUGUUUAGUAAAUUUUUCUUCUCAUUUCUAAUAUCCGGUGUUCAUAUUGCUCCAUGUUUAAUAUAGAAUUAAUUUUACUUUGUAGGUUAUAAAUAUUAUUAUGAAUUACGUAUCGCCUGACGUAAAUUUUUAGCAAUGUUUUUAACUACAAUUUACCAAGUUCUUCCAAUAGGCAGUUGUUACAUUACAGGAUGAAUUUUUAUAUCUACAAAUCAUUUAGCAGUUAAUCUAAGCAAUAGACAUCGCUAAAAUUAGAUGCGAUUUUUAUGAAGAAAAUGAAUUUUUGUAUACUUUUUUUUUUAAAUCUAUAUAUAGGUACAUUUUAUAUUUUUUAAAUAUAAUGCUUCGAUCAAUAAUGCUACUAGAUUCGCGAUUAGCGCUUCAAAAACGGCCCGAAAAAUAAGACCACAAAUAAAUUUGUGGUCUUAUUUCAAAUUAGUAUGGUCCAAUCAUAGCCAACAUUAAGACGUCAAAACGCUGCACUGCGCGUUCAAAAACUGAGUAAAAAACUACCGUAACACCAAGGUUUUGGAAGGAAUAUCUUUUUUUGGUAAGUUUAUAUUAUAAAACGAAUUUCAUAAAAUAAUAAAAAGAAUUAUAUAGUAAAUAAAAUUCAAUUUACGAAUAUUGUCAUUGUUUGGCCAAUGCUUGCAACAAGGCACCAACUAUUGUAACAAACAUCACCUAUUCUUGAACAGGGAAUGCAUAGAGUAGUUUUGUUAUUUUAUAAUGUUAUUUUUGUUUGUAGAUUUCCUAGUAGCCCCUUUUCGCUGUGCACAAUGGAUAUAUAUUGUCGCGAAAGAAAGAGGAUAAGAAAUAUAGAACCCUUAUAAAAAUUCUAGAAUUGUUCAAUGGUGGUGGCAAAUCAAUGCAAAAAAGUAUUAUAAAAACUUUAUAUGUAUGUAUAAAUAUUUUAAGCGUAUAUGCUGAAAAGGAUUUGUUUUCUAGGGGAAACGAACACAGCUAUAAAAUAAGCCUAAAUUAAACUGAUUAUAGAAAAAUUCUUUGAUAUAAGAUUAAAUUAUAUUUGUAAAUAAUUAGAUUAUAAAUUUUACAGUGUGUUAGUUUAAUACAUAAAUUUUGUAUAGUAUAUUUGUAAAAAAGAGGUAAUUAAACCUACAUUAUUGUUUUAAUUACUUCUGUAUAAAGAAUACGUGGAAAACAUGUUUCUUGUUUCCUUUCAUAUUUUUUUACUUCAAUUUUAUUAUUUAUUACCUAUUUGUUGUAAUAGCGGCCAUGUAAAAUAUUAUCUACUACUUUUUUGAAUCGGUCAAAAAUAGUUGCGACCAUACAAAACAAACCUAAAACAAAUAUAUUCUGCAACUCUACGUCUUUCAAUACUUACUGUGUUCUGAGCAUUGAAAUGUAAUACCAAGAACUACAUCUAGUUCCACAAUACAAUAAGUACGAAAUUUUAAACAAAUAUUUUAAACCUUAUAAAUUAGUCUUUAUGUAUCAUUUUAGAAUAAAUAUUUUUGUACUGAUGACUUUUUAUGUUCAAGUGACAUUUUAAAUUUAUUCCAUAAUAUUCUUUCCCUGACGAAAGGACCUAAAUAAAUAUAUUUUGCAAUGGUAAUUAAACUUUAUGUUUAAGCAUUAAGGUUUAUAAUUAGCUGAAGUCGUUAACAUUAUUAAACUUUUUUCUAAGAAAUGAAGAUGUUUUCGUGUCUCCAAACGUGGCCACUCGAGCGUCUUAUUUUUGUUCCUGAUCCUUUAUCUAGUACUAUUAUUGAUCGAAGAUAUAAUGUCUACUAAAUGAAUUGCUUUCCAAGAUUUAUUCGUCUAGUUUCUAAGGGUCGAUGUCGUUUGAUGUGUUUCUUGUCGGACCGCGUGCGAGAUUAAAGAUUUGUCAAUAUUUAUUUGACGAGGCCAUAACUUGGUGAUAUCUAAUUGAAUGUAAAUAAAAAUACACCAAAGUACAAUAAUAUAUCUGAUCAUUUAUUUUUAUCAUUUUAUAAUCUGUGCUUCUUUUUACGAAUACAAUAGCUAUACGCCAUUUAAAAAAAAUGGCGUCUUAAUUUAUUCCUAGGAAAAAUUAUCGGAAUUCUAUCUUUUUAAAAUUAAAUACAACAAGUAAGCUACAAUAAAUUUGAGUCAACAAAAAACGUGUCCACGUCGGAUCGAUGGUUUUAGUGAUGUUCUGUAUACAGCUUCCAGUGUCCAAUCGAUUGGGUCUAUUAUUGGAUUAACUUCUUGAAAAAAUUGGCGUAACAAAAAAGUAAUAAACUAAAAUUUCGUUCCAUUCAACAUAUUGUAUUAGUUAAUUGCUCAAUUUAAAAAUGCAAUAAUGCAAUUUAGGUUUGCGUUGUGUAACCAUUUAACUUAAACAUGAAGUUAAAUGGUUUAACUUUAAUACUAUAUAAAUUGAAAAUGUGAUCUUUGAAAAAUUUUUUUUGGCGUCUUAUAUUUUAUUUAACUAAAUUUUAUUUAAUUAUUACUUAUAUUGAAAAGACAAACUAAUGACAAUGCGAAUAUUAUUAUAUUGAUUAAUUUUGAACUUUUUUAAUGUUCGAUCUCUUAAUAAACGAAUUGUUUUUAAACUGUUUUUAAACUUUAAUACUAUAUAAAUUGAAAAUGUGAUCUUUGAAAAAUUUUUUUUGGCGUCUUAUAUUUUAUUUAACUAAAUUUUAUUUAAUUAUUACUUAUAUUGAAAAGACAAACUAAUGACAAUGCGAAUAUUAUUAUAUUGAUUAAUUUUGAACUUUUUUAAUGUUCGAUCUCUUAAUAAACGAAUUGUUUUGAGGUAAAGUAAAUAAAUAAUUACAAAAAAAAAAUGACAACGUUUUUCUACGCUUGAGUAUUUUAGUAAAUUUAAAUUAGCGACAAAAAAGAGAGUACGCUAGAAUAUAUUAAGCUAUAGUCUGUAUCAGUAUUUAAAUGUUUUCGAACAUAUUAUUAAAUCAGCUAUACAUUUUGGUACAAAGUUAAGAUCUUUAUACUAUAUACCGUGUUCUUUACAAGAGCCUUUUCUAUAAUCAAGUGAUAUUUUGUUUUAUUAUAUUAUAGCUUUUCACACCGAAAUCUAGUUUAUAAGUUUUAGUACAAUAAGACCUAACUUCCAACGAAUAAUUUCGUAAUUUAUUUACUUCAUUCUGGAUUGAAAAAUUCUAACAAAGGAGUUUACGUACGCUCGCAUUGCUACGUACAAUUAUUUAGUGUAUGAUAAUAUAUAUUCUAAUAUGAAAAAUAAGUCCAACUUUAUUAAUUAUACGACCAAAUUGCAUUACGUAAUAUUACUUUCGGUAGGCAGCGGUUUGGCUCUGCCCCUGGCAUUGCUGAAGUCCAUGGGCGACGGUAACCACUCACCAUCAGGUGGGCCGUAUGCUCGUCUGCCUACAAGGGCAAUAAAAAAAACGUAUAUCGUAUAGGAAUGAAAGGCAAUUUGGUUUAAGCGACAUUUCGCUUAGUACACGACAUUUAUCUUGAUAAUUAAAGGUCCGUUUUACUUGGUAUUAGUAUCAACAAUUCGAUAUUUUUAAUUGAACUUCAAUUAAGUAUACCCCACUCAAAUAGUCGAAGAAACUUUUUUUUUGUAUUGAUAUUUUUUCCAAUUUUGAAAAUUUAAAUGGCUCUCAUGUAAAGUUGUAAACAUCUCCGUUUAACUAAAUAGCCUUUCACCGUCUAUAUUAAUUGCUUUAGACACUCGCAAUUCCUCGAAGUCAGUCACCCAGACUAACAUGCGCGUGCUAUUUUCUAUUACAGAAAUCAUUUACAUAAAUAUUAUGUAUAUUUUUAUUUAUGUCAAAUUUGAAGUAGCUAUUUUUUAAUUAAAAUCAAAUAUUUGUCUAAAAUGUCCACUAAAAAUAUUUUUUAUGUAUAUUAUGAAAUAAUAUUGUCGAUAUGUCUUCAUUAUUAACAUAAGGAAUUGUCAAUUGUUGGUAUUAUGCAGAUUAUCGUAGCUGCUAUAAUAAAACUGCUUGUACGAGUUUUUUCAAUUUGACUGUAUUCUAUUCAUUUCCGAACAAUGCGAUAUAGUAUGUACAUUAUUUCAUUUACAUAUAUGAUUAUUGUCACAAACAAUAAUGUAGUCAAUAAAUGUUGCUUGCAAAAAAAUUUUUUAAUAUACAUAUUUUAAAUGUUCAUGAACUAAAAAAGUCGACAUAGCAACGACCAUCUUUUUUACAUUCUUCAGUGAUAUUUUGAUUUUGAAUUUACUGUAUGAAUUAUGCGUAACAUACAAAUAAGUGAUAUUUUAUUUUAAACAUUAUAUUAUGAUAUAUUUUUAUAUUUUUCUUUUCUUUUAUAAGAUAAGUGAUAAUUUUUUUUUAUAUUAACUUUGAAACGAGUAUUGAGUUUUUUUAUAGUUUUAUUUUACAUUUAACAAUGCAAUACUUUCUCGCAUAUUUUACAGCAAACUUAUAAUAGGUGAUUUUUUAAAUACGCAUUUACACCUCGACAGGUAUUAAUAAGCCAUUAGCAUGCCAUUUUUGUUUGUACAUUUAGAAUAUUGACAGGUCAUUCAACAUAUAAUAAAAGUUUUAUGUACCUACUGUUAUUUUAAUUUUUUUUCUAGAAAUACUUUUAUUUCUCAAACAUUUACCGUAAUUUCAAUCUUAAAAGCCACUGUUUUCUUUUUCAACGAUAAAUCUUAUUUAUAUCAAACAAGUAAUUUACAUGAUAAAAUAUAAAGAAUAAAUUCGUAUUAUUGUUAACACAAUUUGUGAAAUGCAACUAUAUUAAGUUACCUAAGAUUGAAUUGUAUUGGACUGAGCGUUUGUAAGUUUUUUUUUGCAAUAUAUGUAUAUCACAUUUGUACGUGGAAAAAAAUUUAUGUGUAAUAAUUAUAUUCAUAAUAUUAGUUUUAUAAAUCGUACCAAAAAGGUAGGCCAUUUUUGAUAAACUAAUCGAUCGAUAUCUUUCUGUCCUAUUGAAUGUUGUAAAAGAACAAAAAAAUGACCAAAAUUUUAAUUCGAUGUUAUGUUAUAUAAAAUUACAAUAUUAUAUUUUCAUGAAAUUUGUAUAUUUUUGAUUGAGAAAAUAAAUUUUUAAUGAUAAUUAAAGUAAAUAAAAAAUAAAAUUAUCACCAAUAUGUACCGAUUUGAUAUGAUAAUUUUGUGAAAUAUUAGACAUGCUCUUUUUUUAAAUUGCAAUAAAUUAUUUUUUUGUCAAAAUAACAGUUCGCGUUACGUCUGAUGCAUGUAUGUACGUAUGCGAGAGAGCAAAUUGGUCGCAAAAUGAUAUUAUUCAGUACAAAACGUAGGCUCUUGUUAUUAAGGAGACUAGUGAUUUGUAGCCAUUUUUAAAAUUUUAUGUAUUACGGAGCGAAAUAAAUUUAGCUGUCAAUAUA